UAGAACGAGCGAUUUCAUCUUUCGUUACAUAAUCCGUUACGUGACUAUAAAUUACAGUUUAAAUAUUGUAUUAUCGCAUUGCAUGCAUCAUGCAUUCAUGGAUGGCACCAUGGCAGCAAUCUGCUUCCUCUCGUACAGCUACAAAAACUAAGUGCAAUAGUAGUUAGACGCUAGUGCCGCCGUUGCCAUUGGGCUGUUCUUCGGUUGAGAUGGCCGGAGAUCCUUUGUCGUCGCCGCCGUCGGCUGUUCUUGAAGAGAUGACGAUCAAGAAGACUUACGAACUUUCCGCUCACUCCAUCUUCUACGCCAGGCCCGCCGCUGCCAUCGAUGCCCUGAAGCUGCUCGUCCUUGGGCCAUGUUGCCCCUCCCCGCCACCACACUACAUCCUCCGCGACGUCUCCCUCACCGCCCGCCCUGGCGAGCUCCUCGCCGUCGUCGGGCCCAGCGGCGCCGGGAAGUCCACCCUCCUCGAUAUCCUCGCCGCCUGCACCGCCCCCACCGCCGGUCAUCUCCGUCUUAACUCCUCCCCUCUCCAUUCUGCCUCCUUCCGCCGCCUCUCCGCCCACGUCCCCCAGCACGAUGCCUCCCUCCCGCUCCUCACCGUCGCCGAGACCUUCGCCUUCGCCGCCCGCCUCCUACUCCCCCGGCUCUCCUCCUCCGCCACCGACACUGUCAUCGCCUCCCUCCUCGCUGACCUACGCCUCUCCCACCUCGCCCGGACCCGCCUCUCCGGAAACCUCUCCGGCGGCGAACGCCGCCGCGUCUCCAUCGGCCUCAGCCUCCUCCGCGACCCCGCCGUGCUGCUCCUCGACGAGCCCACCUCCGGCCUCGACAGCUCCUCUGCCCACCUGGUCCUCCAGUCGCUCCGCGGCGUCGCCGCCUCGCGCCGCACCACCGUCGUCCUCUCCAUCCACCAGCCCAGCGCCCGCCUCCUCUCCUCCAUUGAUUCACUCCUCCUCCUCUCCAAGGGCUGCGUCAUCCACCACGGUUCUCUCUCCGCCCUCGAUCACUCCCUGCUCUCCUCCGGCUUCGCCGUGCCCACGCAGCUCAACCCCCUCGAAUACGCCAUGGAGGUACUCGAUGAAAUGCCCCACCCAACCACCACAGCCAUCAUAGCCCAGAAAGCCGCCUCCGCCAGGUUAAAGAUCAUCUCCAAGAGUCCCAAAGAAGAAGAAGAAGACGACGAUGACAUACCCGUGCAUUAUUCGAGUUCCCGCCUGCGAGAAGUCGCCACCCUCUACGGCCGCUGCUGGAAAUUGGUGUACCGCACGAAGCAGCUCCUCCUGGCGAACACGCUGGAAGCCCUAAUCGUCGGCAUCCUCCUCGGGACAAUCUACAUCGACUUGGGCUUCAACGACGAGGGCGUCGUGAAGCGGCUCGGCCUUUUCGCCUUCACCCUCACCUUCCUCCUCUCCACCACCACCGAAACCCUCCCGAUCUUCGUAGGCGAGCGCCCGAUCCUCCUCCGGGAGACCUCCUCCGGCCUCUACCGCCUCUCCUCCCAUCUCGUCGCCGGCACCCUCGUCUUCCUGCCCUACCUCCUCGCGAUCUCCCUCCUCUACGCCGCCGCGGUCUACUUCCUAGCUGGGCUCUGCGCCUCCUGGGCCGCCUUCGCCGACUUCGUUCUGGUCGUCUGGGCGCUCGUCCUCACCGGCAACUCCUUCGUGCUGUUCGUGAGCGCGAUGGCGCCGGACUACAUCGCCGGGACGUCGCUGGUGACCCUGUCGCUGGCGGGCUUCUUCCUCUUCUCCGGCUACUUCAUCUCGAAGGAGAGCAUGCCCAGCUUCUGGGUGUUCGCGCACUACCUGUCGCCGUACAAGUACGGUCUGGACGCGCUGCUGGCGAACGAGUACAGCUGCCAGGCGCGCCGCUGCUUCGGGCGGUCUGGCGUGGAGAUGGGCGGCGCGUGCCUGGUGACCGGCAGCGACGUGUUGCAACGCCGAGGGCUGAGCGGCAGCGAGGGGUGGGCCAACCUCCAGGUGUUGGCCGGCCUCUUUGUCUUCUACCGCGUCCUCUACUGGGCCGUCCUCUGCAGACGCGCGUCUUCUUCCUCUUAACUAGUAAUUAAUUAAUUUUUGUUGGCUUGGAUCAUUAGAUCCCAUCGACGAUCGAUCAAUUGUGUGUAUUAAUCAGCUCAACCUAUAAUAAUUGAUGCUCACUGUUUGUAAUAA